CGGAAGUGGGCGGCUCGUCUCCUCCACAUGUGCUGGCAAGGCAAACAGUUGCUGCCAGCAGCUCUCCUGGAGGUUCUCCCUGGCAGCUGAUUUUCCUGGAGGGGCUGAGCCUCCGGACCUUUCCUUUUUGGGGGUGCUGCUGCUCCCUUGUCCCCCCUCCUCCAUCCCUGGUGGAGGGGGGGCUUUGUACUUUUCUCUCCCCCCCUCAAAAAACAAACCCUAAAUACCUUUUAUUUUCCUAUCAACCCCCUCCCCAAAAAGAGGGCUCCCCCUCCUCUCUUUUGACCAUGGCAGAUGUGGAGCUGGAGAAGAUCCUUUCAGACUUGCUACAGCCUGACAAUGCCAUCAUCCAACAGGCUACAGCUCAGCUGAAAGAGGCCCUAAAGCAACCUCAAGCUCUGUCCCAUCUCAGCCAUGUGAUGUCAAAUUGUCAAGACCCAAGGAUCCGGCAACUUGCUGCUGUCCUGGUGAGGAGGCGUCUAACCAAACACUGGAAGAAGCUCAGUGGAACUGAGCAGGACAGGCUCAAGUCACAUGUGCUGACCACUUUGCAGAAGGAAUCAGACCAUAAAGUCUCCUUAGGAUUGGCCCAGCUGGCUGCUGUCAUUCUGAAGAAUGAAACACUGGAGAAAUGGCCACAGAUGCUUCAGGUCAUCCAACAUGGAGCCCGUUCCCGAGACCCCGUCCAGUGCCAGGUGGGAUUGCUCCUCCUGCAUUCUGCCCUGGAACUGGACCCCGAGGUCUUUGCUCCCCACUACAAGGACCUACUGCGCCUCUUCCACCAGACCCUUAACAUCCGGGGACAGCCAGCAGCUCUCUACUACUCCCUGCGGAGCCUCAGCACCAUGGCGGCCGGAUUGGGCUCGGAUGAAAUGAGUCUGAUGUCUUCAAUGGUGCCUAAGCUGAUAUCAGCUAUCCGAGAACUGAUCUCCGUGGAUGAGAUCCAAGCAAGUGAAGCAAUGGAGGUUUUUGAUGAGCUCAUGGAGACCGAAGUAUCCAUCAUUGCACAUCAUGUCUCAGAGAUCGUUGGCUUCUGCUUGGAGAUAGCCUCCAAUCUAGCAUUGAGCGACAGUCUCCGAGUAAAGGCAUUGUCCUGCAUCAGCUUCCUCGUCAAAUUAAGGAGUAAGGCUAUCCUGAAGAACAAACUCCUCUCGCCCAUCCUGACCACCCUGUUCCCCAUCAUGAGUGCAGAGCCACCUCCAGGCCAGAUGGAUGCAGAGGAUGAGCAGACAGAGGAGGACAUAGAGGAGAGGGCCGAAGUCCAGACCCCCAAGCACUAUGCAGCCCAGGUGGUAGAUAUGUUAGCGCUGCACCUUCCCCCUGAGAAGCUCUUCCCCCACCUGACACCAUUGAUGGAACCAGCACUUCUGAGCCCCAAUCCAUACCAUCGCAAAGCGGGACUCAUGUGUUUAGCAGUUUUGGCGGAAGGCUGCGGGGAUCACAUCAGGAAGAAGCACCUCCAGCCCAUGCUGCAGGUAGUAUGCCGGGCGCUAUUAGAUGAAAGCCAAGUGGUCCGUAAUGCAGCCCUCUUCGCUUUGGGACAGUUCUCAGAGAACCUGCAGCCUGACAUUGCCAAUUACUCAGAUGACAUUAUGCCUCUGAUUUUGCGCUACCUGGAAGGCGUGCAGGUGGCCCAUACAAGCCACAUGGCCAAAGCCUACUAUGCCCUGGAAAACUUUGUGGAAAAUCUAGGAGACAAAAUUGCACCUUACCUGCCAUCCCUGAUGGAACGGAUGCUCACCACCUUAAAUCUUCCUGGCAGCCCCCGGACCAAGGAGCUGUCCGUCAGCGCCAUUGGAGCCAUUGCCCAGGCUGCCCAGGAUUCCAUCAUGCCAUAUUUCCAAAUGAUCGUAGAACACCUGAUGGGUUACUUGCUCACCACCCAAGAAGACCUCAGACCUGUCCAGAUUCAGUCAGUAGAGACUCUUUCCGUUCUCGCCACUGUCAUGAACAAGGAAGUCUUCCUCCCCUUGGCAGAGCAGUGCUGCCAGCUUGGACUGGACCUCUGCGACAGAGUGGAUGAUCCAGAUUUACGGAGAUGCACGUACAGUCUCUUUGGCUCACUUGCUACUGUGUUAGAAGACGCCAUUGCCCCGUACCUGCCGCGCAUCACCACACUCAUGCUGUAUUCCCUGAAAUCUACAGAGGGCCUUGAGCCUUCACUUGGCACAGGGAAUUCUUUCCUUCUAUUUGAUGACGAGGAAGAGGAGGCCGAGGUGGAGGGAGACGAGAGCCUGACUGAUGAUGAAGAGGAGGAUGACUCUGAACUCACAGGGCUGAGUGUGGGGAAUGUUUACAUGGACGAGAAGGAGGACGCCUGUGUGGCUCUGGGAGAGAUUGCCACUGCUGCCAGCAUGGCCUUCUUGCCCUACAUGGAGAACUGCUUUCAGGAAAUCAGCAAGUUGUUGGAGUGCCCCCACAUCCGGGUACGGAAAUCUGCAUUCGAGGCCCUGGGCCAGUUCUGCAUCUCCUUUCAUCAGCUCUGUGAGCGGGAUCCCUCCGAGCCCCAUGCUGCAGCCUUACAGAAGCUUCUUUCCAUGGUGGUGCCCGUUUAUAUCAAGGGCAUCCGGGAGGACAAAGAGCGUCAGGUGGUGAUGGCAGUUUUGGAGAUGCUAGCGAAAAUGGUGAAGUCGUGUCAGAAGGAAUGUCUCCGUGAACCAGGGCGGCUGGCGGAGCUGUGUCGGGUGAUCAGAGAAGUGCUAGAGAAAAAGACAGCCUGCCAGGACUCUGAUGUGGACGAAGACGGAGACGAAGAUGAUGAAGAAGAGGCGGAAUAUGAUGCCAUGCUCAUCGAAUAUGCUGGCGAAGUGAUCCCUGCGCUGGCUGAAGCUGCUGGAGGGGAAACCUUUGCUCCAUAUUUUGCUGGCCUCUUGCCCUUGCUCCUCAAUAAGAUGAAACCCAGCUCUUCCUUCUCAGAUAAGUCCUUCGCUGUGGGCACCAUGGCUGAGACCAUCCAAGGGUUGGGCCAUGCCUCAAGUGCCUUCGUCCCGCGCCUCUUGCCAUUGCUGAUGGGGGCGGCCCGUGACGUGGACAAGGAGGUUCGCAGCAACGCUGUCUUCGGGCUGGGCGUCCUAGCAGAACAUGGCGGGCAACCAGUGCACGAACAUUACCCCAAGCUGCUUGGGCUUUUGUCCAACAUCAUCUCCCAGGAGCAAAACAGCAGGGUGUCUGAUAAUGUCUGUGGAGCCGUGGCACGGAUGGUGAUGGCCAACCCUGGAGGGGUCCCCAUUGGACAGGUGUUUCCUGUCUUGCUGCAUGCCCUGCCUCUCAAGGAAGACUAUGAAGAGUAUCAAACAAUAUUCCGUUGCAUCAACUUUAUACACAAACACGAUCCUCAGCAGGUACUGCCGCAGGUUGGAGAAAUAGUACGGGCCAGCAGUGCAGUCCUGGGCAACAAACAUGUACCAACAGAGGGCCAAAACAACCUGGUGACUCUCCUGCGCAACCUUUCCGCCUCUUGUCCUGCUGAAUUCCAAACAGCCAUGCUCUCGAUGCCCUCAGAAGCAGGCGCCUUGGUCAACGCAGCCAUCGGCUCUUCCCCUUGACUGGGCCAGAGGGCUCUGCACUCCAGCUCCAUACAGUUGAAGCGUCUGCCACUCACAGAGACCAGCACCUUCCAUCAUCCACCUUGUUCUGUGCGGACUAGUUGCCUCCUUCUGUUUGGGAGCCAACCUGUCCCUGACACUCAGCAACACUCCCUCCAUCUUGUGUUGGUAGUUUUCUGUUGCCAACUGGGUUCUUUGUACCUUCAGUGGCCGUUCACAUCUCACAGUCUUUGCCACUCACCCUUUGGUGCUAGGCAGUUGUUAGUAAUUUUGUGGGAGGGUUUUCUUCUUCUUCUUAAACUGGUUCCAUGAAGAGUUCUCUCUUUUUCCCACCAAGAAUGGUUAUGAGCAUGAGGAGUUGUUGUGUUUGCCUACACUAACUUAAGCCAGGGUCUUGCAUGGUGUCAAGAGUAGCACGAUUCAUGUAGUAGGAUUUCAGUGUUAAUAACUUUAUCAGGUUUCUGCCUUCUUCUUUUUUAACUGACAGUAACUUUCCUGACUAGCAGACCUCGACUUUGAAGGAGUCAUCUAUGCUGCCAAGCUGAUCAGUGGGGCCUUGGUUGCACAGAAGCCCCUGCCAAGUUGACCAGAGUGUUACAUUCAUUUUAUCAAGUGGUGCCAUGUUUACUGUGCCAGCUUUAAAGCUGAUCUGCAACUAUUCAGCCACAUCGCUUGAGCUUAGUCAUGGGGUUUUUGGCUAAUCAGCAGGUCUAUUUCUUUGGAAUGAACUUGCUUGUUUGCAAGGUCCAAAAAUAUGCAUUUGAUGGUCUGAAAUUUGAAGAAGAGCAGCACUGGGUUUAAAGUUUAGCACAUUUCCUCCUCCUCUUAACAGGAAAUGUGUGUUGUCUGGCUCAUGUUGCCCCUUUCUGCCAAAGUGAAGUAAACAGAGAGGGGAGGAUGAGUCAUGAGAGCUUCCACUUGAUCUCAGAGCCAAAGAGCUGGGGGGAAAUCUUAUUCUGCUCAUCAACUCUGUCCAUGUUAAGUUUCCUCUUGACCCAAAUGUGACUUGGGUUCUGUUAAUGGAUGCUAUGGGCCAUUUUCCUAACCACAUCUUCACCAAACUGCUUAUUGGUCUUUAUAAGAUGUCUGCAGCCUGUUUCAUGUUCUUCCUCCCUCUCUCCUGGUUGCCAAAGGAGGUGGUGGUUUUGCCUUCCUUGCUCUGUCGAAACCAUUCUCAGAGCUGCCGCUCCCCCAUCCGCAGUUACAUCGGCUGGGAGACAGAGAGUUUUGCUUGCCAAAGUUUCAUGUUUGGAGGUUCAUCAAGAGGGGGUUAUUUGUGCAAGUGGCCUGCCUGAAGUGGCUUUUCAGCUGGGUUUUGGAAUGAAAUAACAGCCCCUUGCAUCAGCUGGCAGCCCUGUAGUUUGUAAUGUAAGAUUUUAACCUGGGUUUGUUAGGUUUAUUAUUUUUUUGAACAAAAGACUAAAAUAUAUUGUGUACCUUAUAAUAAAAAUCUGUUGCACUUGAACAGGA